AUGUCGUCGUCUUGGUCAGAUCCCGCCCCACCAAGGAGACCCAACUACAAAGUACGCUUUCGACAUGGUGUGUUUCCUGAUCUGGAAAGUCAAGCUACUAGAGCAGACAUCAAGAAGUACGACUACUUCUUCGGUGCAGGGCAGAAGUGGGUUGGUACGCCGGCAAAUUAUGAUUUCGUGGACGAAUCAUCACUUGUUGCUGAAGAGUUUGAGAACCCUGGAAGCGCCGAUAGGAGGAAGGCACCGAAACAUAUGGCUCGCUCGAGGUCUGCUAAGAAGAUUCCACAGUCGGAAACAAGAAAAGCCUCGAGGGCAAGAGACCAACGCGCGCGUCCGACGAGUGGAGCCUGGUCUGGUCGAUCGCUCGUAUCUGCAGCAUCGCAAAGCAUACACAGCUCAUGGCAGCUUCCAUCGCAUGUCUGGCGACAUACAAGCCCAGCACCUGGCUCAGUAUCAAGUCUCUCUAGCCUGGACGAGUCCCAACUAGAAACUUGGCACUCUGAUCUCCCGUCGCCAAAUCCGAAUAUUGCCGCAAGCCAAAGUUCACUGGUAGCAUGGCCGAUAACUGACCCCACUGAAGCGUAUCUGUUCCGAUACUGGGUUGAUAAAGCAGCGGAAUCGCUAGACAUAACUAGUUCUACCAGCAUCUUUAAGAAAGUUGUCCCGAAACUCGCACUGGCAAGUCCGAUGCUCAUGAACGCCAUCUUCAUGAUAUCCGGACAGUGUAUUCUGCGCUUCGAUCCGUAUUUUCCUACUAGACCGUAUGAGUACCACGAAAGAAUACUGCAGAGUCUCAUACCGCAUCUCGCAGAAAAGGGAAGAAUAGAAGACGAAGCGACUUUGGUAGCUGCGAUGCUAUUGCGGAAUUUUGAAGAUUUUCACUCCGGUACACAGGGGCAGACACAUCUCUCCACAUUUGAGCUCUUCUAUGGCCCUGAAGGCUGGGUUUUCGACAUGGCUAGUCCUGUGGUACAGGCUGCUCUAGUACUACAUGUGCAUGCUGAGGUUAGCCAAGCGUUACUCAAUCAACCAAGUCUGCGUAUCGACUAUGAGUCGUUCAUUCUACCAGCGCUGGCCUCACCGGUUGAUGAAGCCUCAUGGAGCAACCGUAUAUUAUGGCUGAGUGCGCGCAUCCUGCAGUGGGCGCAGAAAGGCAUGCGCACAAUGGACAAUUGGCUUUAUCUUCACAGUCUGGUUGACGAGUGGGAACGGAGACGUCCCGCCAGUUUUGAUGCCUUCUUCUACCAAGAAGAAAACUUGCACGCCGCGGGAACCCCUCCGCAACUGUGGUUCUCGAGUGCUUGUCACGCGGAUGCGAACCAACACCUGCGGAUAUGCCGCAUCGCACUUGCAGUCAAUAACCCUAGGAUAAACACGCAAGACGCACGUGGGAUAAUCAUCGCAGAUUCUGCACACGAUGAAGUGCUGAGAAGGUUGAGAGAAAUGAUAGCUAUUGCUCGGUGCAAUACGCACUGUAUUUCUGCACAAUGGAAAGCCGCUUAUACAAUACACAAGUUUGGCACCGUACUGCAGGAUGAGCAAGUCCGAUGCGAGAUGAUCGAAUUUCUAGAAGAGGUGCAAGCCACAGGCAUGCCGGCGGGAGCGUCGAUUAACCAUCUCAAAGAGCAGUGGAAUUGGAGCUGGAACCACUACGGGAUAGGAACGAAUCGAUUGUAG